CCCCGCCGGCUCCGCUCUCCGCAGCCGCCUGCUCCGGCUGCGCCAGAUCAGAGCCGAGCAUGGAGCCUGGGGAGCCCCGGGAGCCCCGCGAGCCCGCGCCGGGGGCAGGGACCGCCGCGGCCCCGCGCUGGGAGGAAGCCAAGACUUUCCACGACAACCUCGCGCCCAAGAAGAAACCCAAAUCGCCCAAGCCUCAGAAUGCUGUCACCAUUGCUGUGUCUUCCCGAGCCCUGUUCCGCAUGGACGAGGAGCAACGGAUCUACACGGAGCAGGGUGUGGAGGAGUACGUGCGUUACCAGCUGGAACACGAGAACGAGCCCUUCAGCCCUGGGCCGGCCUUCCCCUUCGUGAAGGCUCUGGAGGCUGUGAACAGGCGGCUGCGGGAGCUGUACCCUGAGAGCGAGGACGUCUUCGACAUCGUCCUCGUGACCAACAACCACGCUCAAGUGGGCGUCCGUCUCAUCAACAGCAUCAACCACUAUGACCUGACCAUUGAGAGGUUCUGCAUGACAGGCGGGAACAGCCCCAUCUGCUACCUCAAGGCCUAUCACACCAAUCUCUAUUUGUCGGCUGAUGCAGAAAAAGUGCAGGAAGCCAUCGAUGAAGGGAUCGCAGCCGCCACCAUCUUCAGCCCCAGCAGGGAUGUGGCUGUCUCCCAGAGUCAGCUGCGGGUGGCCUUCGAUGGGGAUGCUGUGCUCUUCUCAGAUGAGUCGGAACGCAUCGUGAAGGCCCACGGGCUGGACAGGUUCUUCGAGCAUGAGAAGGUCCACGAGAACAAACCUUUGGCCCAGGGCCCCUUAAAGGGUUUUCUGGAGGCUCUGGGUAGGCUGCAGAAGAAGUUCUACUCCAAGGGCCUGCGGCUGGAGUGUCCAAUCCGCACCUACUUGGUGACGGCACGCAGUGCAGCCAGUUCUGGAGCCCGGGCUCUCAAGACCCUGCGCAGCUGGGGCCUGGAGACAGAUGAGGCCCUGUUCCUUGCGGGAGCGCCCAAGGGCCCCCUCCUGGAGAAGAUCCGCCCACAUAUCUUCUUUGAUGACCAGAUGUUCCACGUGGCUGGGGCUCAGGAGAUGGGCACAGUGGCCGCUCACGUGCCUUACGGUGUGGCGCAGACACCCCGGCGGACCACACCCACGAAGCAAACCACAUCUGCACCGUAGCUGAACCACCAGCUUUGCUGACCCACGUUGCUCCAGGCAUGGCUCCAUGUCGUACACGUCGCCCACUGGACACUUCUAGUUCCUCACCUCUCUGCCCUUCUGCAUGUCCGCCCUCAUCCCUGUGAGUGAGGUACUUGUAGGAAAUUAGGCAGACUGGUCCGGCAUUCUCACCAGCUCCCCUUUUGGGCAAACACUGUGCCAUGAUCCUGGCUCAGAAAGUAAGACUGUGCAGAAAAGCUGGGUUUCAGGGGGAAGUUGAUGGGACUAAAGGUGAGAGGGUCAGAGCAGCAGGAUGCCUCAAGAGGAGCUUAUAAAACUAGCUCAGUGUAGUACAAAGAACACUGCUUUGAGAGAGAUGGGAUCUGGCUUCUCAACUUUGUCCUGGCAUUGUGCACGACUUUAAGUUUGAGGUGACUUUAAGGAUGAGGUGACUUCCCCCUGCGGUGCACUGGUGAACUCUCCGUCCUUGCAGGAGCCCCUGCAGCCCCUUUGUCACCACUGCCAGGGGAGAACUCUCACUGCGUGUUGAGUCAGCUUCCCCACCUUUUAGGGGGUUUUCAAACUCUCCUUUAGCUAAAGAAGCUUGGUUUUAUAAGAUUGCCCUCUUUGAAGGAAGGAUUCUGAGCCAGGGCUUCUCCUGAUACAUAUGGUACCUUUGUACAAAUUAUAGAAGGAGGCUGUCUCUAGAAUGAAUUGUGAAAAGACAGCCCUUCCUCUGGGCUGACCUAGACCACGCUGGGGCACACAGCUUGGUUAGCAGGAUAUAGGCUGGAUUUUGGCCCCUACCGGCUCCUCAGCCCAGAGGCCUUUGUCAAAUGGGCAAGGCACACAGUCAUCCACAGCAACCUUCCCUAUAAUUUUACACGUUUGGAAACCACUGGAUGAGAUGACCUGUCUACUUCCUGUGAUGCCUUAAUCUGAGUCAUCAAGGGUCAGCUGCCAGGUGCAGGGUGUGUGGAAGGAGGGAGGGAGGGAAUUUAACCUGCAUGCAGACUCUCAUCCGUCCAACAGGGGGCACUGCAGGCCCUCCCUGGGAAGGCGCUUUACUAGGCCUGCUCAGUGCUUCCUUCGCUUUUGCUUUUUAGCCAAAGUUAAUUUGUUGCUGCCUAUCAACCCCCUCACCUCAGCCCUCACUCCCUCAAUGACUGUGUCCUACUCUGCUUGCCAAGCAGCCCUGCUGGGGGGGAGAGGUGGAGAAUUGGUGUUUAGUGUUGUGAGCUCAAAUGCAAGGGGAGAAACCUUAGGGGCUGAAGUGGGAGGUGGUCCAGGCUGAGCCCAAGCGAAGGCCUGCCUGGAGUGAUAUAGGAAAUGUGGGGAGGUCAGGUCUGAUGCAGUGACUGGUUAGAGAGGAAGGAGUUGCAGUGUGCAUUAGCAAGAUUCUCCAGCUAUGGGAUUGUGAUUGGAGGUAACGAGCUCUUCGUCACUAGGAUGCUGUCAAAGGGACUCCAGGAUGAGGUGACCUCCCCCUGCGGUGCACUGGUGAACUCUCCAUCCUUGCAGGAGCCCCUGCAGCCUCUUUGUCACCACUGCCAGGGAAGAACUCUCACUGCUUGAUGAGUCAGCCUCCUCCUUUGCUGACCAGCUUGGCUUUCUCCGGAGAGAGGGUGGGACCUCCAAAGGCUGGUCCCUCAGGAAGACCCAGAAGGGGUGAGGAGACGUCAGUGGUGGGGACUGAUUGCCCAGCUUCCCGGGCGAAUCCCAGCUGUGAGCAAGCACUUUAUGAAGAAAGCCAAAGGUGUCAUUGGAGGUGCGUGCAGGGGAGCUGGAACACUUCUGGGGGCAGGAAAAGGGGUGACAGGCCACAUGAGGCCUGACCUUUAUCCUUUUGAGGACUCAGCCCAGGGUCUGAAUGGGCACAGGUUCUGGGCAGUGGAGGGCAGGAUCGUAACGUCAGAAAGAUAACGCAGGAGGGAGAACAAAGUCAGAAGACUGAGGUGGUUCUGGAAAUGAGCAACAGUUUGGGUGAGAAGAGAGUCCUGGGCUGGGCUUGUCCUGUCAGUGCUGGAGCGGCUGAGAGGCUGGCCAUGGGGAGGAAGGGCAAGGCUGUGCUGGGUGUCUGGGCACCGCCAGGGGACGGGCAGGUGACGAGGGUGUCCUUGCACAGGGUCAUGCCAUCCACAGCCAGGAUCCUUCUGGCCAACAGAGGAGGCCUCAGGGCAGAGGGUCUGGUUUGGAGCUCUUUCCUCUGCCGAAGCUCCCAGCCCAGCCAGAGAUACUGUGAGACCUAAGGACAGCCUCCAGCAAACCGAAAGGAAGUGAGAGAAGGAACUCAAUCCCAGUCAGUCUUGACCUUGGCCGAACCACACAAAGGCCUGCUUCUCCUUCCUCUGGGGUCAGAAUCACCCCUUGGGGGAGCCUCCAGGGCUCACAGAGCCAGCUGGUAGCCAUGAGAAGCCUGCAAGGCUGGGCACAGCCGAGGCUCACUUCAUGACACUAGGCUGUGUGACCAGGGUGGACACACGCGCUGCGAGGGCAGCACCGAUGUCACCUAAUUAAGAUGCACCGAGGGAUGCUGAGACCAAGAGGUCCUGCCCCCAGGGCCUCACCAUAAACACACCUGAUUCUUCCAGGUCUCUCAGGAAGCAGGAAAACGUGAUGUGGGAAGCAGCAAGAUAAGGCACCGUAAAAGCUGUGUAUUUCACUGGAGCACUGUUAAUAGACUUGGACAGCCCUCAGCGAUGAGAGACACUAGGGUCCAAAUUCUAUUAUUGAAACCAUAAAAGAGCAUUUCAGGCCUGGAAGAAAGCUUUCAGUGUCUGGAAUAAAAGGCCAGAAGUCCUGGGGGCAGGCUUAGACAGCUGCCAGACACACCUGCUGAUUGUUUCAAGGGAUGAGGAGAUGUCCUGGGGAGAACAUCGCUUAUUGUAUCAGCAAGCAAAUUAAAAAGCCGCGCAGGCACCAAAGCCCCAGGCCCAGCCAUGGACUGCAGCACUGGGCCCGGGGAGCCACAGCUCCUGACAUGCAGAACCCCUGGAGCCCAAAGCACGGCACCCCAACAGCGCCUGCAGAGCACGUCCCAGGAAAUUCUUGCCAGCCAAGUCCCAGACCCAGUGGAAACUGCCACUUAGCAAAACAGAAGCCCUGUUACUAUGCACUGAGAUUGCCAAGGUCACUGCAAAAUAGCCCUCUCUGCUUUCUGAGAGCCCAAUCAGAAUGAUGGGGAUGUAGCAGAAGAAGUUGAAACCAGCAAGAAGUGUAAAUCCAAGCUGGAUCCAGCAUUAUAAUGAUACUCAACUGGUGUGCACCAGUCCAGCUAAAGUGGCGAUUAAAAUAUUGAAAUGCCUCCAUAACGGUUGCAAAUAGCGCUGGCCUGAGCCCCUGACUUCCCCCUCCCCAUGGCCUCAGCUGCCCUGGCCCCUUCGUCUUCUCACGAUCCAGCAAAAAAGGGGCUCUGGGAGUCUGUGCCAGCAUGAUGGCCAGUGUCCACUCUGUUUGGGGGUCCCCUGGCCAUGCUGGCUUAGAGAGAUUAAGUAAGUUGCCCAAAGUCACACAGCUGGUAAGUGGCAGUGGGAGGACUCAAGCUCAUGUCUGUCUGAUGCUGGGACUCAGGCCCUUAACUCUUUUGCCAUGCGGCCCAUAGGUGCAUAGACGUAGCGAGAGAAGCUUCAUAGCAAUGGCGUUCCCUUGACAGUCUGUUAACGUGUUGACCCCCUGCAUGUUAAUAUACUAUGAUAGACUCGAGAGGGUACAUCUUUGUUGUAGCUUUCUAAAUAGCUCGGAGGAAUUUAAACUAGGGCCAAACAUUUGCAGAUAUUCUAAAGCACCUCCAGACAACCCCAAGUUCUGUAGAACCCAGUUCUUAUUGGGUUAAUGCUGGGUUUGGCAAGCAAAGCUCCUUGGCCAAAUAUAGCCCACCACGUUUUUGCAAAGAAACUUUUAUUGGAAUACAGUCAUGCCCAUUUGUUUACAUCUGUCUUCAGCUUUCAAACUAUAGCAAUGGAGUCGAAUUGUUUCAACAGAGACCAAGGAGCUGGAAAUAUUGGGUCAGCCAGAAAGUUCAUUUCCAUCCUACGAAAAAACCGAACGAACUUUAUGGCCGACCCAAUAUUUCUCUGGCUGUUUGCAGAAAGAGUUCGCUGACCCCUGGGUUAAUGCAAACAUCCCUGGCCCGCUCCUCAGUGGGACAGUCCAGCUUACAUCCACCUAAGCAUUCGGAGGUAGAGGCUGGCUUGUUUGCAGAGGGGGCAGCACAAGACAUCUCUGUGCCCAUCUGCAGGCAUCGUCAGGGAUGGCAGGCACUAACUGAGAGCCUUGAUGCUAAACCCAGCAGACCCUUGGCAGCGGAGGAUUGACGAUUUCAAAGUUUGACUAUUUUCAAGUGACCCGUGGCCUGUUGUAAUUUGGAAUGUUUGAGGCACACAUUGGAUUUUAGUGUGCUCUCCCAAGCUGCUGGGUGAGGGGCAGGGAGCAGGACCCCUGGCUAGGGCUGAGCCCAGCUGGCUGGCCUCUGCUCAGCACGGCUAUGUAGUUCUCAGCUCAUCAUUGCCUUUGAGGGGCCUCUUGAGAAGUAAUAAGGGUUGGUAGAUGGAUGGGCCUUAGGUAAAUAUUAAUUUUGGGUAAAGUGAAGUGCCCCAUGUUGACUUAAGGACCCAGAUCUAACAAGUCAUCUAUAUGCUCUCUGUGGAAGCAAGAACAAGCUCUUCAAGAAGAUGGUCCCAGUGAGGACUUCAGCUGGCUCAGAAGUGACUGAUCAAGUGAGAGAGAAAACUCCAGUGAAAGUUGGAAUGACAGUUUUCUUGUGGUAUUAGGGAGUGAGCAACAAACACGCAUACCCUUAUGAUGGAAUUGUGAAUCCGGAGAAAUCUGCCGAUGUAGGGAAUGGCAAGUGUAGAAGUGGUCCUACCUACCGCCAUGGUUGCUGGCACUGUUCCAUCUUCUACGCUAAGCCCAGACUUGACCUCAGAAUCCUUCUCAAUCCAGCAUUCCAGGCAGCUACUACCAGUGGGUUGGAGUUGGCAUGAAAGAUGAAAAACCUAUGUUGCCAUCCCUAUUGGUGUUGGAUAUUGCUUUCCUGGGGGCGUGCAAGGCCCUGAAUGUUCAUUCCGCAAUGUUGUGCUGCAACUCUGAGGAUGCCAGAGUCUCAGCCCACUCAGGCAGAACACAAAAAGGAGGAAGAAUGGCAUCCUGUGUUGGUGGCUUCCUUAGAGGAGGUUGCCUGAGAAGCAGUGUCCCAGGUUUCAUGAUCUUCAAGCAAAGUACAAAUACCCCUCCUACCAGUAGGUGGCACUGCAGGCCAACACUCCACUGCUGGGCAUAGUUAAUGGUUUUCUCCCCUGGUUACUUUUCUCUCCUUCCAUGCUACUUGGUGCCAUGCUGGACUCCCGCCAGUAGCUUAGCCAAAAAGGACUUUAGGUGCUGCUAAGCAUAACUGUGUGAUGAGCUGACAGCUCUUACCAAUAACCACUGUGACUGCAUGUAUGGACACACUCAUAUGAGUGUGUGCAACAGCAUUAAAACUGCAUGUAUGCAUGCUUUUGUGGGUGUAUGUAAUGGGGCAGAUAUCCCUGCUGAAGACUGAGUGUGUGUGUGUGUACAGGUUGGUUAUCUCUGUUAACUAAGGGUCCUGGGCCCCACAUACUGAUGGCCAGCCCUGCUUCCUGGGACAAGUUCUAGCUCUCCCUAUCAUCUCAUGGGCAUUUGCACAUAUGCAGUGUGGGGCUCUCUGAGGCCCUUAUCUAUCUCUCCAGCUUCUAGCCUCUGGCCAACAAGGUCUUGGCUCCUAACCCUCUGCCUCCCCCCCCCCCCUUAUCCCUGCAGCCUUGGGGACAAAGUGGUAGAAUCAGUUUUGGCUGCACCUGCCUCACCAUCUACAUUUAUUUCUUCCCUCCCCUUGACAGUCCUGAGUCCAACAUGUACAGUUGGGCAGACUGUGCACUGAACAAAGGCAGAUGGAGCCAUUCACACCAUGAGUGGUACCUCCUAGGCAUCUAUAAAAGCUGCCAACUGUACCCAGCUGCCUUGGUCAUCUCAUGGCCAUGGCUAGGAAAGCUGCCUUCUUCCCUGCCCUCCUGGCCCAGCCCAGCCUAGGCUGGGAUUCCUUCCUCUGCUUGGGUGUUCUAGGCUGGCCCAGAAGUGACUUACCCUUGGCCUUGAUCAGGAAGUAUCUCCCUGAUGGGCCAUCCCCAAGAGGCCUUUGGGUUCAAUUUAUGAAAAUGAAAUACGGCUGGCAACUUUUCAGUUACUGUAAGACAAACCAAAACUCUGCAGAUGGGGUCGCUGAUUCCCACACUCCUGGCCUGCAGGUGAGUACGCCUUCACGGGCCAACUGCUAAGAUGGCUCUGCUACGGAAUUAGGGUAGAAGCCUCAAGUCUAGAUUUAUAGCUGCACCAGCUAGAAAAUCGUGAGGUUGCCAUAGACUGGACACCUGUGCCAGGUCACAAACUCUGAUGCCUCCAAGGGCUGGGCGGGAAACAUCAAUGAGCAAAGAGGAUUAGGCAAGGACUGUAGCAAAAUGCGGAACACAUAUGCUGUAGCCUGACACGGUUGCUGCCGUGUGGGAAUGUGGCCUGCUGGUGCCGGAUAUUCCUCCCCAUUUUCCAAGAGGAGCUAGAAAUCUGGACUUUUAAAUGUUGGCAACUGAAUUGUGAAUUUAGAAAACACUGUGCAUGCCAGAGAAACCACAUCUUACAGGCCAGAUCCGGCCUUUGAAUUUCCAGUGUGCACCCUCUGACCCAGGCCCAGCGAAUGGGGUUUUUCAGAACUGAGUAAUUGAGUCUGAGAAUAUUACACUCAGACUCACAGAGCUUUGGAUCUUUAAGAAAACUUAAAGAUAACCUAGUUCAUUCCUUGUGUGUUUUAAACUGUGUACGUACAAACUUUUUAUUAACAGCACACAUAUCCUUAAGUUCUAGUUUCUACCUAAAAGCAUCUCUGUUCCCCCAAUUUAACACAAGAUUUAAAAUGAAGUCUCGAUACAGUAGGCUUGUAUCUACCUGUCAGAAGCCCUAUUUUAUUUAUUUAUUUAUUUAUUUUUUUUGCGGUACUCGGGCCUCUCACUGCUGUGGCCUCUCCCGUUGCGGAGCACAGCCUCCGGACGUGCAGGCUCAGCAGCCAUGGCUCACGGGCCCAGCCGCUCCGCGGCACGUGGCAUCUUCCCGGACCAGGGCACAAACCCGCGUCCCCUGCAUCGGCAGGCGGACUCUCAACCACUGCGCCACCAGGGAAGCCCCAGAAGCCCUAUUUUUUACCAUUUGGUUUAUGAUAGGUCUACUUCUGUCUUUUGCAAACAUGGGCUGCCCUGGUCUUCCUUAUAACCUAACUUCUCUGGGUUGCUUUCCAUGGUAAACCUAUAAGUGCCUCCUUAAACAGUUGGGGCCUGUGUUUCUUCAUCUGUGGGACUUCCCUUGCCUGGGGGUGAGACUGCUCACACUUUUCCCAGCUGGGUCCCUCCGUGGUCUGCCCUCAACCUCCAAAGGCCCCAGCUCAGUCUGGCUCUGCGGCAUUUGCCAACUCACACGAUACAGGGUGCUACGUGCUGGUCAGUGUGGAUCCCUCUCACUACUUGUGCUCGUCCCAUACCUAAUGUUACGACCUGGCCUUCUGCUUCUCAAAAGCCAUUCAAAUAAAUAGAAGACUUUUUCAAAUAAACUUAGGUUGCCUUCUUGUCCCCCCUCACAAUUGUAUUCACAAACUGGCUUAGGGUCCCUUUAAGAAAUGCCAAUGGGAAGAGUGGAUAUAUGUAUAUGUAUAACUGAUUCACUUUGCUGUACACCUGAAACUAACACUACAUUGUAAAUCAACUAUACUCCAAUAAAAAAAUUUUUAAAAAAGAAAUGCCACUGGGGAUGCAAGGAGUGAGCAGGCCUGGGAUUGGUUCCAUCCGUGGGUGCCAGUGUCUCUCCGUAGACCCUCCCCACCCACACGAAGACCACCCUGAGGUGAGAUUCUGUGAUGGACAGCAGCCUGAGCCCAUCAGAAGGCAAGCUUCCUCCAGCAGUGCUCUUGGCGUGGACUCAACGUUCCCAUCUGGAACUACCAAGGCGGAGGGACAGGGGGAUGCAGUGGGAGGAAGAAGAGGUGCUGAGAAAGCAUGUGAGCUGGAGGAAGCAGGGGCUGACUCAGACUCCAGCCUCAGCCCUCACAUCGUCCUUCCUCCUGCACCUCAGCCCCCUCCACAGCAAACCCAACCUAGGGCCGAUACCUCUCUUCCAUCCUGUCCAUCACCCUCAUUUCUCCCACGCUUCCCUUCACCUCCAUCCGCUGAGGCCCCGUCAAGGCUCAUCUCACACACAACUUCCUCAACUAGGAUCCCUCAAAACUCUAUGUAUCAUGAGGGACGGAUCACUUCCUCCCUUGAACAAUAUUGAGGUCUGCGGUUCUUUCUCCCAUAGCCCAACAGAGUAUUAGUUAUGGGAGCCAGACUAAGUGGCUGUGAAUCAACCUGCCUAUAACUGAAUGAUUGAAUUCGGAGCUGAUAGGACUGGGCCAGCUGUUUGCAGCCAAUGUCGUUUCUGAACUGGUUGUAAAGUAUUUUGAAUAUCUCUCUAAAAAGUAAACCAAAGGCAUGGGAGUCUUACAGUGGAUUAGUUAUCUGUUGCUAUGUAACAAAUUAGUCCAACACUUAACUGCUCAAAACAACAAACAUUUAUUAUCUCACAGUCUUAUGGGGCAGGAAUCCAGAAGCAGCUUAGCUGGGUGGUUCUUGCUCAGAGUGUCUCAUGAGGUUGUCAUCAAGCUGUCAGCAGGGCUGCAGUCAUCUGAAGACUUGACUGGGGACGGAGGAUCUGCUUCCAAGAUGGUGCACUCGCAUGGCUAUUGGCAGGUAGCCUCAGUUCCUUGCCACAGGAUGGCCUGAGUGUCCUCACAACAUAGCUGUCGGCUUCCCCCAGAGUAAUCCAAGAGAGAACAAGGCAAACUUGCUUUAGAAAACUGUCUUUUGUGAUACAUAUAUACAAUGGAAUAUUACUCAGCCAUAAAAAAGAAUGAAAUUGUGUCAUUUGCAGAGAUGUCGAUGGACUUAGAACUCUCAUACCGAGUGAAGUCAGAAAGAGAAAAACAAAUAUUGUAUAUUAAAUGCAUAUUUGUGGAAUCUAGAAAAAUGGUAUUGAUGAUCUCAUUUGCAAAACAGAAAUAGAGACUCAGACGUACAGAACAAACGUGUGGAUACCAAGGGGAAAAGCGGGUGGUGGUGGUGGGAUGAAUUGGGAGAUUGGGAUUGACAUAUAUACACUACUAUGUGUAAAAUAGAUAACUAAUGAGAACCUGCUGUGUAGCACAGGGAACUCUACUCAGUGCUCUGUGGUGACCUAAAUGGGAAGGAAAUCCAAAAAAAGAGGAGAUAUAUGUAUAUGUAUGGCUGAUUUACUUUGCUGUACAGCAGAAACUGAUGGCAGUAUAA